AUUCAGUGGCUCUGUAAUGCAAACAAGAAGUCGGACAUCCCUGCCAAGCGCCUGUACUGCUUCUUCUCUUCUCUGUACUCUGUGCUGGUCCGUGGAGCCCGGGCUGUCCUGCAGCUGUACCCUGAGAACUCAGAGCAGCUGGAGCUCAUCACGACCCAGGCCACCAAGGCUGGCUUCACCGGUGGUGUGGUGGUGGACUUCCCCAACAGCGCCAAGGCCAAGAAGUUCUACCUCUGCUUGUUUUCUGGGCCUUCAACCUUUCUGCCAAAGGCCCUGAAUGAGAGCAAUGACGAAGAGGAGACCAGGGAGUCCGAGUUCAUGAGUGAGAGGAUUCCGUACAGGACGGCCAGGCGCGGCUUGGUGAGGAAGAGCCGCCAGUGGGUGCUGGAGAAGAAGGCGCGCCGCAGGCGGCAGGGCAGGGAGGUCAGACCGGACACCCCGUACACCGGGCGCAGGCACAAGCCCCGCUUCUGAGCGGCGAGCCGGGCGUGUUGGGACGGCCCGGCUGUGCCCCGUUGUCGCGUGCCUUGUCG